AUGGGAGUGAGCACCAUGGAUCAGAAGUCUUUCUGGGAAGGUUUAGUGGUCUUGCUGCUUCUUCAGGAAGGAUCUGCCUACAAACUGGUUUGCUACUUUACCAACUGGUCACAAGACAGGCAAGAACCAGGGAAGUUCACCUUUGAAAGCACUGACCCCUUCCUAUGUUCUCACCUUAUUUACUCAUUCGCCAGCAUCAGUAACAACAAGGUCAUCAUCAAGGACAAGAAUAAGGCGAAGCUUUACCAGACCAUCAACAAUUUCAAAACCAAGAAUCCCAAACUGAAAAUUCUCUUGUCCAUUGGAGGGUACCUGUUUGGUUCCAAAGGGUUCCAUCCCAUGGUUGAAUCUUCUUCAUCAACCUUGAAAUUUGUCAACUCUGUAAUCCUAUUUCUGAGGAAUCAUAACUUUGAUGGACUGGACAUAAGUUGGAUCUACCCAAAUGUAAAAGACAACACUCAUUUCACUGUGCUGAUUCAUAAGUUAGCAGAAGCUUUUCAGCAGGACUUUGUAAAAUCCACCAAAGAAAGGCUUCUCUUGACUGCAGGAGUUUCUGCAGGGAGGCAGAUGAUUGACAACAGCUAUCAGAUCAAGGAAUUGGCAAAAGACCUGGAUUUCAUCAACCUCCUGUCUUUUGACUUCCAUGGGUCUUGGGAAAAGCCCCUUGUCACUGGCCACAACAGCCCCCUGAGAAAGGGGCAGCUGGACAGACAGACAAGCUCCUACUACAAUGUGGAGUAUGCUGUGGGAUACUGGAUAAAGAAGGGGAUGCCUGCGGAGAAGGUGGUCAUGGGCAUCCCCACGUAUGGACGUUCUUUUACACUGGCCUCUGCAGAAACUGCCGUGGGGGCCCCUGCCUCUGGUCCUGGAGCCGCUGGCCCCAUCACCAAGUCUUCAGGCUUCCUGGCUUAUUAUGAGAUCUGCCAGUUCCUACAAGGAGCCAAGAUCACAAGGCUCCAGGAUCAGCAAGUUCCCUAUGCAGUCAAGGGGAACCAGUGGGUGGGCUAUGAUGAUGUGGAGAGUGUGGAGACCAAGGUUCAGUUUCUAAAGAAUCUAAGCCUGGGAGGGGCCAUGAUCUGGUCUAUUGACAUGGAUGACUUCACUGGCAAAUUCUGCAGCCAGGGCCCCUACCCCCUUGUUCAAGCUGUCAAGAGGAGUCUCGGCUCUCUAGAAAGGUACAUGGACCUCAUCAAUGUGAUGAUCUAUGACCUUAGGGACUCCUGGGAUGGUUUCACAGGAGAGGACAGCCCCUUGUUUUCAGGACCCAACGACAAGGGAGACUACAAAUACUUCAGUGUGGCAAAUCCAGGCUCUGCAAGACCAAUAGUGACAACAACCAUGGCAAAGCUUAUUCUCCUCACAGGUCUGGCCUUUCUGCUGAAUUCUCAGCUAGGUUCUGCCUACCAGCUGGUAUGCUACUUCUCUAACUGGGCCCAGUACCGUCCAGGCCUGGGAAGCUUCAAGCCUGACAACAUCGACCCCUGCCUCUGCACUCACCUGAUCUACGCCUUCGCUGGGAUGAGUAACAAUGAGAUCACCACCAUUGAAUGGAAUGAUGUGGCUCUCUACAGUUCUUUCAAUGACCUGAAAAAAAAGAACAGCCAGCUGAAAAUUCUCCUGGCCAUUGGAGGCUGGAACUUUGGAACUGCCCCUUUCACUGCCAUGGUUGCCACUCCAGAGAACCGCAAGAAUUUCAUUUCUUCAGUCAUCCAGUUCCUGCGCCAGUAUGGAUUUGAUGGGCUGGAUUUUGAUUGGGAGUACCCUGGCUCUCGUGGAAGCCCUUCUCAGGACAAGCAUCUCUUCACUGUCUUGGUGCAGGAAACACGUGAAGCUUUUGAACAGGAAGCCAAGCAAACCAACAAGCCCAGGCUGCUGGUCACUGCGGCAGUAGCUGCUGGCAUCUCCAAUAUCCAAGCUGGCUAUGAGAUUCCCCAGCUAUCCCAGUACCUGGACUUUAUCCAUGUCAUGACCUAUGACUUCCAUGGUUCCUGGGAAGGCUACACCGGAGAGAACAGCCCUCUCUACAAAUACCCAACUGACACUGGCAGCAAUGCUUACCUCAAUGUGGAAUACGCCAUGAACUACUGGAAGAACAAUGGGGCCCCGGCUGAGAAGCUUAUCGUUGGAUUCCCUGCCUACGGACACAGUUUCACCCUAAGAGACGCUUCCAACAAUGGCGUCGGUGCCCCCACUUCUGGCGCUGGUCCUGCUGGGCCCUAUACCAGGGAGGCUGGGUUCUGGGCCUACUAUGAGAUCUGCACCUUCCUGAAAGAUGGAGCCACUGAGGUAUGGGAUGACUCUCAGGACGUGCCCUAUGCCUACAAGGGCACUGAGUGGGUUGGCUAUGACAAUGUUAACAGCUUCAGAAUCAAGGCUCAGUGGCUUAAGGAGAACAACUUUGGUGGUGCCAUGGUCUGGGCCAUUGACCUGGAUGAUUUCACAGGCACUUUCUGCAACCAGGGCAAGUUCCCCCUGAUCAACACCUUGAAGGAUGCUCUUGGCCUGAAGAGUGCAACCUGUAGCGCCUCCACUCCGACCAGUGAGCCCAGCAGCAAUCCUGGAAAUGAAAGUGGGAAUGGAAAUGAGAGCAGCAGCUCCGAGGGUAGAGGAUACUGUGCCGACAAAGCUGAUGGCCUUUACCCAGUGGAGAAUAACAGAAAUGCCUUCUGGAACUGCGCAAAUGGAAUCACAUACGAGCAGAAUUGCCCGACCGGGCUUGUCUUUGACACCAGCUGUCACUGCUGCAACUGGGCAUAA